UCAUGCUGCUGCCAGGUCCACAGUGUCUCAUGGGUCCCUGUACGGCCUCCCAUUGCUGCUGUCUCCAUCGCCACACUCUGCCAUGUGCCACUUUCAGGUCUCCUCACACUGCUGGUGUGUUCCAUUUUGUCAUAGGGUGCUGGCAGAUUACGGGCCUCCCAUUGCUGCUGCCAGGCCCGUAAUCUGCCAUGGGCCCCCGUACCGCCUCCUCAUGCUGCUGCCAGGUCCACAGUGUCUCAUGGGUCCCUGUACGGCCUCCCAUUGCUGCUGUCUCCAUCGCCACACUCUGCCAUGUGCCACUUUCAGGUCUCCUCACACUGCUGGUGUGUUCCAUUUUUUG